GGUUUAUCGAGCCAACCGAGACAAAAAUAGCUCGAAAGCUAGCCUCCUAGCAGCUGCCAGGGCUGGACGAGGGCCGCACAGUUCUAACGUAUCUCGUGCUUCAAGGUUUUCUGCGACAAUUCUCUGUGCACUGCUGGAGGGCUGGGGGAGGAUAAAAUGGCAGCCGUCUUCCUCCACUACGAGCAAGGUAGCGCUCCCUUCACUUGCAAGCUCAAGACGGAGUUAGGCCUAGCAGAGGCGUUGGAAAAGUUUCGGAUAAAAUACCGCAAGAAGCACGGCCAGGCGCCGCCAAAUCUCGAGGCGCGCCACCACGGCCAAACGCUGAGCGACGCGACGUGGCGCGCCCUGCCCGCCAAGACCGACGUCUUCCUCACCGAAGGCAAGGCGCCGGAACGGCCGAAACCCAAGCCCGCGCCGCCAAAACCAAAACCGCCACCACCACCAAAAGAAACGGCCCCGCCGGCGCUCGUCGCGCGGCUCCUGAAGCAGGCGGAGAAACAGACGGCGGAGAAGUCCUACCGCUCAGCUCGGGGCGUCUACGAGGCCCUGCUGCAGGCCGGCGCGACGGAGCGCGCGACGCGCGGCCUCGCGACGGUCGAUCUCAAAAGAGGCGCGCACGCCGACGCGCUGAAACAAUUCGAGGGCCUCUGGAAGACCUAUAAAAGGGAGAGAGACGCCUUGGCCUGCGGCCGGUGCCUCGCGGCGCUGGGCCGCCAUCAGCUGGCCAUCGAGAUGUUCCGACGCGCGAUGAGGGACGAAACGCUGAUGGAGGACGCCGGUGUCGAGCUGGCCCGGGCCCAACUUAGUGAAGGACGGGGCCAGGAGGCCUGCGCUACCUGUGAGCUUGUCCUAAAGAAAAACCCGCAGCACUGCGGCGCGACGGUGGCCUAUUCCCAAGUCGCGCGCGCGUUCCACAAAAAAGAUGAGGAGCUCUCGCUGAUACUACGGGCCGUCGUCAUGGACCAGGAGAACAAAGAUGCGAGACGCGGCGCGGCAUUAGCGAUUAGUGAUGAGGGCGGCUUCGAUAGAUUAAGAAAGCAGCUCGCGGACCCGCGCGAUAGCCCGGCGGCCGCGGUGGCGUUUUUGGCGACGGUCUGCAAGGACCACGGGCGGGUUGAAGUUUCUGCCGAAUUACUCCAGUGGGCGGCGGACGACGUGCCGUCCUCGGCGUCCUACGCGCUGAACUUGUUACAUGCGCGGGAAAUCCUGAACGACUACGAAGGAGCUUUGAAAGCGGGCGAGCGCUUCUUUUCACAAGGGCGCGUUGCGUGGUAUACAGAUGUUAUGGCCAUCUUACAAGGAAGGGGUGAGUUUGGGUCGGCCGCGUUCUGCACCAGUACAAAUGAUGUUGUGUUAGAGUGGGUGGCCGCCGAGGACGAUAAUCAUGCUGUGGUCCGAGGCACGCCCUCGCCGAAACCGACGAAAAUAAAGUACGACGACGACGCCUUAGACGCGCUGGCCGUCGCCUUCGCGCUGUGCAAGGUGCUCUAUCUGGGCGGCGGACUGGCGCGCGCGCGUUUGCUAGUGAAGGCGCUCGAGCCGGCGCGGCGAGCGUCCUCCACGCCCCUGCACCAGACGUCCGUAAGAAACGAGCACGCCUACUACUGCUGCGUGGCCCAGGUCCUCUGCGAGGACCGGCGCGACAUCUGUGAAUAUGACGACGACGUUUAUGUGUGCGGCGACUCGCACACGCUGGCGCCGGCCUGGAAAGUUUUACAAGUGGAACAGAAACGCCUCCGUCUGAAACCGGCGCUGGUCACGGGCCUGAAGCACUGGCAUUUGAGACGGGAGGGUUAUUUUUAUCCGAAGCGGAAUUUCUACUACGUGUGCGGGGUAGAUACGCGGUCUCCCCUGAAGAAGGCCCUGGGGCUCUUUGGUGAUCAUGUGGAGACGCCGACGAUCCCAUCGAACGCGACGGUGCUCUUUUUGUUGGGCGAGAUCGAUUGUAGGGAGGGCAUCUUGGUCGCGGUCGAGAAGCUGCGGUACGAGAGCGUCGACGAAGGUAUUAGGCACACGGCGUCGAUUUUUGUAGAUGUUGCUUCCCGCUUGGCGCGGCACAAGCGGUGGAAAGUGUUGGUACACCCGGUGCCGCCCGUGCUCGACGAGACGCGGGGGAUGGUGCUGAAGUACAACGCGACGCUGAGGAGGUUGGUGGAUGAGUGUUCGGAGCUGACGUGGGUCGACUGCUUCGGCGGCUUCUUGGAUCCUGCGUCGGGCAAGCUCGACGCGCGGUGGCGCCUCGACGGCACGCACCUCCACCCGCGUUAUUUGGAUGAGCUGCUCGCGCCGGCGCUCGGGGCACUCGAUUUUUAACUGUUAUUUUUUGGA